CGACGCGUCGCCGCGCGCGCGAUGCGCGCCGACGCCGCGAUCGCCCUCGACGACGCCCUCGACGGCGACGACGCCCUCGCCCUCGAUCGUCGUCGCGCCGUGCGCGAUCGCGCGCGCGAGGCGGCGACGAAGACGGCGAUCCACGGCGCCGCGUUCGACGGCGACGCGCGCGCGCGCGCGACGACGACGACGCGCCGCGACGACGACGACGACGCGAGGCGACGCGAGACGUCGAUGGACGCGCAGCGCGCGGUGUUGGAGACGCUGACGGCGAUGCAGGAGACGCAGAUCAGGAUGAAUGGGAAGUUGGCUUGGAUUUCGCGAAGCGUGCCGAAGAUUUACGACGCGGUGGUGAACGACGUGACGACGGCGAUCGACGACCAGAGCGCGAAGAUCGAGGCGCUGACGGUGCGAUUGGCGCGGGGCGCGAGCGCGGGGACGACGGCGGUGGUCGGGAAGGGGACGCGCGAGACGCGCGAGGAGGCGGCGGCGGACGACGACGAGGGGCGACGAGCGAGAGAGAAACGUUUGAGCGCGCCGCCGUCGCGGUCGGAAUCGCCGACGGCGCGACGACAGCAGACGCACGCGCGCGCGCCCGCGGCGACGGUGAAUUACGGUGAAAUAGCGAACGAGGAGAAUGAAUUCGCGGCGUCGCUGCCGCGGUUGGGACGCGUCGGGCCGGAGGUGGAAGCGUCGACGGCGGCGAAUACGGUUUCGAAGUUUGAAAAGAAGAAGACGCUGUCGCCUUCGUCGUCUAUGGGUAAGGCGGAGGAUCCGCGGAAGUGGUCGCGGCAGAAGUGGUUGUCGCAUUUGCGCGCGACGGCGCCGAAGCUGUUCGGCACGCUCGACGAUUUGUCCAUCGGCGACAUGCUCGACGGCUCGAAAUGUUGCUUCGUGAGACGUGGUGCGCGCGUGGUGCGUCAAGGCGAGCGCGGUACCUCGAUGUUUGUCGUCGUAUUAGGGAAAAUGCACGUCGUCGUGACGGACGCGGCGAAGAAUCGAGGCGAACCGUUGCAAGUGGCCACCAUGCUCGCGGGCGAUUUCUUCGGCGAAAUCGCGCUCAUGACUGGCGAAGAGCGUCGAGCGACGGUCAUGGCGCCGUACGAAGGCGAUGGAAACGUUUGGGUUUUGGAGUUCUCCAAGUCCGAUGUCGGGAGCGUCAUCUUGGCUCGCCCCAACGUUCUGCGCACGCUCACAGACGUGUGCGCCGAUCGCCGACUUGAAAAGUUUUGAGUC